AUGGGAAGUUUCAGGGCAGUUUGUAAGCCCCAUACAGUUUUUUCAUGUUGCCGAUCGGUGGUGAAGGUGACGGUUUCAAUAAAGAAUUCCGAUAUGGGUUUCCCUGGAUUUUCAGCAAAGCGUUCCGUUAAAGUGUUUUUAUGCCCUCCCCCUUUGUUGGGAAUGGAUUCAGCUGUAAAAAUGGAGUCUUGGGAUGGAAGAUGGAGAUUGAAUCAGCAGCAGAGGAGGAUGGCUGUUAAAGCUUCUUCGAAUUGGAACGAUUCUAAAUCGCCGUAUGAAACCCUUGAAUUGGAAAGGGAUGCAGAUGAGGAGCAAAUAAAGGUUGCUUAUAGACGGUUGGCGAAGUUCUAUCAUCCCGAUGUUUAUGAUGGCAAAGGAACUUUGGAUGAAGGGGAAACAGCUGAAGCUCGAUUUAUAAAAAUUCAAGCAGCAUAUGAGCUGCUAAUAGAUGAGGAGAGCCGAAGGAAAUAUGACAUGGACAAUCGAGUGAAUCCGAUGAAGGCUUCUCAAGCAUGGAUGGAAUGGAUUAUCAAAAAGAGGAAAGCAUUCGACCAGCGGGGUGAUAUGGCCAUUGCUGCCUGGGCUGAGCAGCAGCAGCGUGAACUCAAUCUUCGAGCACGUCGGCUAGCUCGUUCAAAGAUUGAUCCUGAAGAAGAAAGGAAAAUACUUGCGAAAGAGAAGAAAGCAUCUAUGCAAAACUUCAACAACACUUUGAGGCGGCAUACACUCGUACUGAAAAAGAGAGAUUUAAUGCGAAAGAAAGCUGAAGAAGAGCAGAAGAAAGUCAUUAGCAGGUUAUUGGCUGCUGAAGGCCUGGAGCUUGAAAAGGAUGAAAAUGAUGAUUUGUGA